AUGAACACAAAGUUGGCAUGCUUUCUCUGUCACCUGUGUUUUUUGGUGCUCUUUUUUCACACCUUAUCGUUCCUUCCUCGCUUUCUUGAACACUUGCGGCCAGCUCAACGACAGUAUAAAUUCAAGGCGCGAAGGAACUGCAACCUCUAUCGUCAAUCGUACGAGCACAGCAGCCAUAUGGUCGGGGGACUUUUCUUCGUUUCGCUCCUCGCAACGCUUGUGGCUGCAUCACCCGCGCCACGGUCAAACUUCAAGGUUCACGAGCGCCGUGAAACUGUCCCGCGAAGUUUUUCCCGGGUGGGUCCCGCUCCUGCCGCGACGACAAUCAAGCUCCGAUUUGGGCUGUUCAGCAAUAACUUCCCCGGUCUCGAGGACACUCUUUUUGCUGUAUCAACUCCGGGAUCGGCACGCUAUGGACAACAUCUUACCCUUGAACAAGCCAAAGCCUUCAUGGAGCCGACAGAGGACUCUUUGAGUGCUGUCACAUCCUGGCUAGACGCCCAUGGCCUUACUGCCACCGUUGCUUCUCCUUACGGAGAAUGGCUCACGGUGGAGGUGCCGGUCUCCAAAGCGAACGAAAUGCUCAAUGCCAACUUCGAAACGUUUACCCACAUCGACAGCGGCUUGCAGAUCAUCCGAACGAUGGAAUUCUCCCUUCCUGAAGACCUCCACGCGCAUAUCGAAGCUGUUCAUCCCACUACUGCCUUUGGACGCCCUCUUGGAGCCGGUCGCGGACCUGUAAUAACCGCAUCCUCUGCCAAUCGCGCCCCAGUAAACGAGACUCUUGUGUCUAAUGCUGUUCCAGCUUCAUGUGCGACGACGGUUACUCCUGCCUGUCUUCAAGCUAUGUACGGAAUCCCAAGUACUUUGGCCACCCAGUCAAGCAACUCGAUUGCUGUUGCAGGCUUCAUUCAGCAGUUUGCACAAACCGCGGACCUGACUGCUUUCCUCAAGAGAUUCCGCACCGAUCUCCCUUCUACAACCACCUUUGCUCUCCGUACCUUCGAUGCUGGCAAGAACACGCAAGGCGCUUCGCAAGCAGGUAUCGAAGCCAAUCUCGACAUCGAAUACACCGUGGGUAUUGCUAGUGGUGUUCCAAUCACCUUCGUCAGCGGUGGCAACUCCUUCCAGGAUGGUGCCCUGGAGGGUUUCUUGGACAUCAUCAACAACCUCAGUCAACUGGCCACUGUCCCGCAAGUCCUCACGACUUCGUAUGGAGAAGACGAGCCCGACCAGACUGCCGCUACCUUCCAGAAGCUCUGCAAUGCUUAUGCAGCUUAUGGUACCCGAGGCGGAAGUAUCCUCUUCGCUUCAGGCGACGGUGGUGUUGCUGGUGGACAAUCCCAGUCUUGCACGACAUUCAUUCCAGCCUUCCCUAGUGGAUGUCCUUUCAUGACCAGUGUCGGUGCUGUCUCCGGAAUCCCACCCUCCGAAACAGCUGCAUCAUUCUCUUCCGGCGGCUUCUCGCGCGUCUUCACACAACCAUCAUACCAGACAACCGCUGUACAGGCAUACCUUUCUGCUCUGGGCAAUACCAAUGCUGGCAAAUUCACCCCCACUGGGCGUGCCUUCCCGGAUGUGGCCGCACAAGGAGUCGACUUCGACAUCAUCAGCGGUGGUACCUUGGAAGGCGUUUCGGGAACUUCCUGCAGCUCACCUUCGUUUGCGAGUGUGGUCGGCCUUAUCAACGACCGCCUCAUCGCUGCGGGCAAAUCCCCAUUGGGUUUCUUGAACCCCUUCUUCUACGCGAACCCCGGUAUGUUUAACGAUGUUACACUCGGCCACAACACAGGCUGCAACACGAACGGCUUCGCUGCCCGCGCUGGAUGGGACCCAGUCACGGGCUUGGGGACACCCAACUUCGCCAACAUGCUCGCAGCCGCUCUGGCUGCAUGA